AUGGUGAUUGUAUCGGCUGCUUUGGUGGGAUGCGUUUGGCAUGGUGCAGAGCGGUCGGCGCACACGGAGGACGUGCCCUUCACCUUCGCAGACAACGAUCGUGUGCUGGCCGCCUGUGUCGACCCCAACGUCGUGCACCAGCCGAACAUCACCUUCGACAAGUUCACCACGAUGAAGAACGAGAUCAUCAAGGACCACGGCGACAUGUACGUCAACUUCAAGAAAUCCGGGCACCACGAAGAGAUGUACUCCUUCUGCAAGGUGAAGGAUUCCAACCUUAUGAUGAAGGUAGACCCAUCACUUACUUCCUCCGCUAAGCCCAACCAACGUGCGGCAACGUUUUGUGCAUCGCCGCUCAGCGAAAAUACGGUGAUGUCCCUAGGCGUGUGCUUGUUUCGUGCUUUGUUUGGUGUUUUGCCUUGCCCUCCCGGAAGCGAGUUUGCUGGGACGGGCAAGGGACUCCCGACGCAGGAGAGCCCCGAAUCGAAGACUAGCAUGUCUCUUUUGCUUUCUUUCGUUCUUACGCAGUUGAAACUGGAGAAACACCUCAGGCUCCAAGCACGUACCAGCUCACCCCGACCCCCCUCGCCCCAUGACUAUCCCGCGCUGACCGCACUACGCAAUACACCAGGAAGCCUGGACACGUACUACUACGGCCUGAUGUGCGAAAAGUACCCUGGGAUCGAGCAGGCCAGCUGUCAGAUGCUCCCUGAAGGCACGGAAAGCGAAAACACGGGGGUGGGGGGGGGAGGCGGACGAACCGAGAGGCGCCGAAGGAGCCGCGGCCGACGCCAGCAGGAGGGCGGGGGCAAAGAGGGACUCGAACUGAUAGGCUUGCGGUCAUGGAGGAUCUAGGCUCCGCAAUAAGAAGAAAAGUGUACUCCUACAAAAACAAACUGGAAGGGCAUACACACUACGGUGCCAGAUGGCACGCAUGCUUGAUCCUCACAUCGUACCGCGAGCUACCAUAGGAAUGAAUGUGCAUGAGUGCGAAAAACGUUUGCAAGUUCGACGUCGGACGUCAACGGAGGACGACAAUACGAAGUUGGGGGGGGGUGUUGCCCCUGGGUCGCCUACGAGGGGUUUCGCCGCCCUGCCGCACAAAACACGUGGCGAGCCAACAACAAAGAGAAAAACUCACGACUAACCGGGAGAGGGUGGAAAUAAUCACUUUUUCGCUCCCUGCGCGACGAAACUACCGAAUAUCACACGCAAGACAAAAAAAACUCCACCCAACACCAAGUCGAACAAAACACCAAGCUACUGCCCCUCCCUGUAUCAAACAUGAACUACCUGCAACCGCACCAGACAGAAAAAGAAAAAAACAC